UUGAUCUGGGAUUAACUUCCUGGAUCGAGCUAGAGACGCCCGCCUGAAGGCGCCAGUCACACGGUGUUGACUGUUAACUGACAGGUCCUUGAGGCCCCUUAGUGUCUUUCUGAUUUGUAACCCUGGGGCAUAUGGCACUUUGCCUACUUAGCCAUGGAUGGGGAGCAGCACAUCGUCCUCUUUGGGGAAGUCAGCAACUGCUCCCAUGAACCAGAUUCAAGAAACAAUUUCUGAUAAUUGUGUGGUGAUUUUCUCAAAAACAUCCUGUUCUUAUUGUACAAUGGCAAAAAAGCUUUUUCAUGACAUGAAUGUUCACUACAAAGUGGUGGAAUUGGACAUGCUUGAAUAUGGAAGCCAGUUUCAAGACGCUCUUUACAAAAUGACUGGGGAAAGAACCGUUCCAAGAAUAUUUGUGAAUGGAACUUUUGUUGGAGGUGCAACUGAUACUCAUAGGCUUCACAAAGAAGGGAAAUUGCUUCCACUAGUUCAUCAAUGUUAUUUAAAAAAAAGUAAGAGAAAGGAAUUUGAGUGAUGUAGGUACUUAUCACUUUGCUAGUAAAAUGUCAGUUAAAGUGAUAAUGCCUGAUGCCUUUUAAAUGUUUGAGCAUGUUUUAAAUAUAUGAAUUACCUUCAUGAAAAGAUAUAAAAAUAAUGAAUAAUAAAUUGUUGUGGAAACCUC